AUGUCCUUACCACGUGUCGUGACUCCACUGGGCUUCCACUUCUGUGCCCCAGAACUUCUCCUCACGGGGCAACUUUUGUUGGUGGUAACCCAGGCGGAUCACUUUAAGGAGUGGGUAAGUAACCCACUCCAAUUAAUCUCAGAGUCCUGGGUGCCGACUAAGCUUUGGUCUUGGCACCCCUCUGAUCAUCCAAUCAAAUCCCCGCAUGCUCUGACAUCCCAGGCAGAUGCAACGGACUUUGAUUACCCGGCAUCCUCUGCUUCUUCCCAAAUGUCCCCACCUCAGGAGUUGGAGAACAGUUUUCUUCCAUUCCAGGAUACGGAUACCUCUGAGGAGUGGCCCCCAAAGCCACAUCAGUUCACUGUUUCACAGCAGGAUCUGGACAGCAAGUGGACUCCUGGGAAGCUGCCAGAGAACAUUCUAAAACUAAAUGAGGGUCAAAAUAAGGCUCCCCUUUUGCCUCCACAAUUCAAAAGUAUUUCCCUGGUAGAUCAGGCUGCAGAUCACCAGUUAUAUAAAAUACUUGUUCCACAACUAGACAGACAGAAUUCAAAAGCAGUGACGUUCAUACCUUUGCCCCCAAAUUUGAAAAAACCUCUAGCUCAGCACAGGCGACUUGCUAAGUUGAUUGAUGAAACUCCAAAUCAAUCUCAACUACAGAGACAAACUGAGGAGGAGGAUUGUGGAGAUCCAAGUAUAAAUGAAGCUUAUUCUUACGAUGAACCUCUACAAUCUCAGAAAAUCACAGGUGAGCCACCUGACCAGAUUGAGCCUUCUGAAUUCCAGCAGGAGACCCAAACUCAGAAUCCAGAGAAUCCUGAGGUGGGCCAAUCCUCUUCACCCCAAGAAGAAGUCGCAGAAGAGCUCCUAGUGCCCUCUGAAGAUAAACCUUCAGUGGAGAAAGAAGGCCCAAAUCAGCAUCAACUUGCUUCCGAGGAGGCUGCAUUAGGGCAUGCUGAGAUAAAUAGUCCAUCUCCAAAUAGAAAGGAAGCUCAGCACUCAAGCUUACCAAAUGUCACAGUGAAGCCUGUGGAUCUGGAGGUCACAGUAAUUUCAGAGGCAGAGAAGGAGACCCAACCUACUCUGAGCCAGCAGCAGGCCCCAGCCCAGCUUCCAGAGAGUCCUGAAGACCUAGGGCCUUCAUUAACCAAAUUAGAAGCUCCAGCUCAGCUUUCAGAGAGUCCUGAGGACAUAGCAUCCUCGUCAACUCAAAUAGAGGCUCCAGCUCCAACUCCAGAGCUCUCUGAGGAGCUAGAACCAUCAUCAACUGAACAAGAGCCCCCAGCUCCAACUCCAGAGCUCUCUGAGGAGUCAGAAGCUUCAUCAGUCCAACAAGAAUCCCCAGAUCAUAUUUUAGAGCUCCUUGAAGACCUUGAAACUGGAAGUCAGCUGGAAGUUCCAGCUCUGCCUACAAGUCAGAAUGAAAUUCAUUAUAACUUGCCAAAUACUACAGUUAGGCCUGUGGAUGUAGUGCUUACCAUAUCUCCAGAGCCUACAAAGGAGGUUGAAUCCUCUCUGACUCAACAUGAGUCCCCAGAGCAUCCUCUGGAGUAUCCUGAAGAGGUGGAAUCUUUUUUCAGUGAGCAGGAGAUGCCAGCUCAAGCUUCUGAGUCUCCUGGGGAGAAUCAGCCUCCUGGAAGCCAGCUGGAAAUCCCAACUCAAGCCUCAGAGUAUGCUCUAAACCAGCAGGAACAAUUAGUUCAAUCUCCAGAACAUCAUGAAAUAACAAUUUCCCAUGCAGGUCACCAUCAAGCUCGGCCUUCAGACGUGUCCAGUAUGACUCUUAGACCUCCAGAUAUGCAGUUAACCAUAACACCAGAACCCACAGCAAAGGUACAAACUUUUCCAGUACACCAUGAGGCUACAGGUAGCCCAAUUACAGUUCCAAUUAAUGACAUAGAACCUUUUAAAACCCAACAUGACAACCCAACUCUAACUCCAGAGCCUCCUGAAGAGGUUGGACCCUUGGCAGUUCAACAGGAGACUCCAGCUCAAUCUCCAACACCUAUUUCCUAUGAGAAACCUUCCCUGAGCCAGCAGGAAGCCACAGAGAAUUCACAGAUCCUUGAGGAUAUUGAACAUUCUCCAGCCCAGCAGGAGGCCCCAGCUCAGCCUCCAGAGUUCCCUAAUGUAGUAGUAGCUCAACCUCCAGAACAGCAUGAGGUAACAGUUUCUCCCCUUGAUCAAAUUCAGCCUCCAGUAACACACAAUAUCACAGCUAAACCUCCAGACUCAAUUACUGAAGGUGAACCUCUUCGGACACGUACUCGGGUGACAAUUUCACAUCCAGGAACUGUAAUAGAGGCUUCACAUUCUGAAGUGACAAUUACAAAUGAAGCCAGAGUUCAACCUUUGGAGCUGGAAUUUGGCACAACAACGCAAAUUAAUCCAAAUGUCAUUAUAAGCACCAACAUUUGUGAGCUCUGUAUUUGCGAAAACGAGACAUUAUUGUGUGAUCAUCUCAGCUCAGUGUGGAGGCUCCAUCACGUGCCUGUGCCAGAGCCCAGAACCUACAACGGCACCUUCACCAUCUUAAAUUUCCAAGGAAAUCUUAUUUCUUACAUUGACAAAAAUGUAUGGAAAGCAUACCGCUGGGCUGAGAAACUAAUUCUCAGUGAGAAUCGCCUGACCGAAUUAUACAAGGAGUCGUUUGAAGGCCUGCUAUCCCUUCAGUAUUUGGAUUUAUCCUGGAAUAAAAUACAGUAUAUUGAAAGAAGGACAUUUGAAUCAUUACCUUUUCUGAAGUAUAUAAACCUUGGGUGCAGUGUACUCUCAGAACUGAGCUUUGGAACAUUUCAGGAAUGGCAUGGAAUGCAGUUUUUACAGAAGUUGUAAGUGAAGUAGAAGCUAAACAUGUGGGGGGAAAAAGCAAAACAGCUAUGUGUCAAAAACCUCAUACAGUAAUUGACUCGCCGGGUGUAAGCCCUGUGUGAACUGUGAAAAGUACUAAGAUCCAUUCUUUUCCAUUGAGGAAACUAAGCAGAGAGCAAGAGGCUUAUGUAAAGUAUGCAGCACCCUCUGCUUUCCUAGUCCUGACCUUCAGCGUGGGCACUAGAAGACAUCACUCAAGUAGCACUCAGUAGACACUGUCAAGAGGC